ACUAGCUCUCAAGGCUUUGCUCUGCGAUAUUCAAGAUUGUACUUCCAGGGAGUGAUUUUAUUUUAUUUUAAAAGAAAAAAUCGGAAACAUGAAGAUGCAUUCACCAUGGGCUCGAUUUUACUCAAACAGCUGUUGCUUGUGUUGUCAUGUCCGAACUGGAACAAUUAUCCUUGGCAUGUGGAACCUGAUAAUAAAUUCGGUGGUCCUCCUUAUACUGCUGAGUGCCCUUGCUAACCCAGACCUGUACCACCUCCCGAACACCGAACUGAGGAAUGACUUUGACUUCAUGGAUGAUGCCAAUAUGUGCAUUGCUACUUCAAUUUCCCUCUUAAUGAUUCUUAUCUGUGCAAUGGCCACAUACGGUGCCUACAAGCAACAUGCAGCUUGGAUUAUCCCAUUUUUUUGCUAUCAAAUAUUUGACUUUGCUCUGAAUUCCUUGGUUGCUGUCAGCGUGCUUGUCUAUCCAAACGCCAUUCAGGAAUACCUGCGACAACUGCCAUCCAAUUUCCCAUACAAGGAGGAGAUCCUAUCGGUCAAUCCCACAUGCCUUGUUGUCAUCAUUCUCUUCUUUAUUAGUGUCAUCCUGGCUUUUAAGGCUUACUUGAUCAGCUGCGUGUGGAACUGCUAUCGGUACAUCAACAACCGUAACUCCUCAGAUGUCCUGGUCUAUGUAACCACCAAUGAUACAACAGUUCUUCUACCUCACUAUGAUGACAACGUGGCUGGAGCAGCUAAGGAGCCUCCUCCACCUUACAUUUCCGCUUGAUGACAGACACAACAUCCACCAUCAGACCGAAUCUUCACGCAGCAGCUUUCUACAUGGCCGAGGCACUGGGGCAAUAGUACAUUUCAUUCACAGGAUAUACCCUACUGAACAGCAGCACUACCAAAUAUAUUGUCUAUUAGCAUAAUAUGGGGUAGUUGUACUAAGCUCCCUUCACAAGACAUCCUGGUCUCCUCAAGUCUCCGACUUUAAGAGCUGGGUCAACUUGUGCGAGAGAAGCCAAGUACAUCUCACCCGGUAUUUUACCUUGGCUUUGUACUGUGAAACCUCUUGAGACGUGUGUAUUUGUGCAAUCUGUAUACUGUAGCCUCUGUAUCCUUACCUACCGGUUAUGCCCAAACUGCGUCUACUGGUCUUAUUGCUUUUUAAUAGAGGAAUGAAAAAACUAACUCAAUGUUGAUAUUGUAUAUAGGAUACAACACGCUGUCCUUUAUCCACAGUUUUUUUUGUCACAUUUACAGUGUUCUAGUUGGCAUCAUGUAGAUAACAUAUAGCUAGAACAUGAUGAUAUAAUUGGGUAAAAGAUAAUAGUAAUUAUAAUCAGGGUGCAUGAUUCAACAUAGAGCUUUCUAUUGUGAUAAACUAUGAUCCUAAUCCUACAUACCACUGCCAUAUUUAAAGGGGUGUCCAGUUUUAUGUAACUAAAGCUUAUUUGUUGCAUCAUGAAAAGGUCCGCACUUUACUAAUAUACUUUAUUGUUAUAAAAUGAAUUAGUGUUAUGUACAGGGGAAAGGAGAAAACCCUCUUAAAGAGGACCUGUCACCACUCCUCCUGGCUUCUAUGUGUUAGUAAAGGUUUGUAUUCCCCAUGAAAUAACAUUCUGGAGCAUUAUUCCUUAGAACUCUGCAUUGUCGGUCCUCUAUUAUUCCAACCAAGAAAUUUAAGAAUAAAUUGAUAGCUGGGUGUUACUAGUUUACCUACAUACCCUGACAUUGUCCAGUCAAUUAGGGGGGUGUCCUACAUACCCUGACAUUGUCCAGUCCAUUGGGGAAGUGUCCUACAUACUCUGACACUGUCCAGUCAGUUAGGGAGGUGUCCUACAUACUCUGACAUUGUCCAGUCAGUUAGGGGGGUGUCCUACAUACUCUGACAUUGUCCAGUCAGUUAGGGGGGUGUCCUACAUAGUCUGACACUGUCCAGUCAGUUAGGGAGGUGUCCUACAUACUCUGACAUUGUUCAGUCAGUUAGGGGGGUGUCCUACAUAGUCUGACACUGUCCAGUCAGUUAGGGAGGUGUCCUACAUACCCUGACAUUGUCCAGUCAGUUAGGGGGGUGUCCUACAUACUCUGACAUUGUCCAGUCAGCUAGGGAGGUGUCCUACAUACUCUGACACUGUCCAGUCAGUUAGGGGGGUGUCCUACAUACCCUGACAUUGUCCAGUCAGCUAGGGGGGUGUCCUACAUACUCUGACACUGUCCAGUCAGUUAGGGGGGUGUCCUACAUACUCUGACAUUGUCCAGUCAGUUGAGGGAGUGUCCUACAUACUCUGACAUUGUCCAGUCAGUUAGGGGGUUGUCCUACAUACUCUGACAUUGUCCAGUCAGCUAGGGGGGGAAGUUGUCCUACAUACUCUGGCAUUGUCCACUCAGUUAGGGGGUGUCCUACAUACUCUGACAUUGUCCAGUCAGCUAGGGGGGUGUCCUACAUACUCUGACAUUGUCCAGUCAGUUGGGGGAGUGUCCUACAUACUCUGACAUUGUCCAGUCAGUUAGGGGGUUGUCCUACAUACUCUGACAUUGUCCAGUCAGCUAGGGGGGAAGUUGUCCUACAUACUGUGACGUUGUCCAGUCGGUUAGGGGGAACGUUGUCCUACAUACUGUGACAUUGUCCAGUCAG